GCUCUCGGCCGAGUACGCUAAUUAAUUUGCUGGGAGUCCAUGAUAAGCGUGUUUACGACAAGUCGUUCAGUCCAUGGUAAGUCGUUAAACGGUAAACAUCCACCAAGAGGGAAGAUGAAAAUCUCCCGAAGUCAUACAAUACCGCUCUUUUGGAGCAUCUUAUUUCCAGCAGUAGGAAUCGGUAUCUACUUCCUGGUGUACUGGAAUUGGUCGAACCUACCGGAGGGUAUCCGUAUAGCAGACGAGCCGACCGAUAGACCGGUGUUCGUAGCGGAACGCGCUCACGAAUACUUGCGAACGCUGACAAGUCAAGGACCACGAGUUGUGGGAAGCAACGCCAAUGAGGUGUUUGCCAUCAACUUCCUAGUGGAAACAAUCAAUAAGAUAAUCCAAGAAGCACACUCUUCCAAUCAAGUAUCCGUAGAAGUACAAGAAGCUUCCGGUAGCUACUUCUUGGACUACAAAGACUACCCAAUCACCAGCUACUAUCGAGGAGUGCAGAAUGUCGUGGUCACACUACGGAAGAAAGACGCGCGACAGUUCAGCGGACGUUACCUGCUGCUCAACGCCCACUUUGACAGUGCUGUCACUAGUCCAGGGGCAGGUGAUGAUGGAACGAUGACCGUAGUCUUGCUAGAAGUUCUACGUCAAAUGGCGCAACACAACCUCGGACUUCACCACGGAGUCAUCUUUCUUCUAAAUGGGUGUGAAGAGAACACCAUGCAGGGAGCACAUGGCUUCGUGACCGGUCAUCCUCUUGCAGCGAAUGUAUCCGCAUUCAUCAACUUAGACGUCGCCGCCAAUGGAGGACGGGAAAUCAUGUUCCAAUCGGCGCCUGAUUUUCCCUUCCUAAUGGAAAACUACGAAAGAUUUGUGAAACGGCCGUACGCUAAUGCUCUGGCUGAGGAAGUCUUCCAACUGGGAUUGGUUCCUUCAUUCACCGACUACGAAACCUUGUCCAACGUCGGCAAGUGGCCCGGAAUGGACAUUGCGCUGGCAUCCUAUGGUUACCUUUACCACACGGCUUACGAUGCCUUCAAGACCAUUUCUCCGGAUACACUUCAGCACAUUGGGGAUAAUCUACUACCACUGGUCAUGGGCCUAGCCAGAACCAAAGAGUUGUUCAACAUUGAACAGUUCCGAGGCAGUCCGGCGACAUUCUUUGAUUUCAUGCAUCUGUUCAAGGUGUAUUACAGCGAGACAAUCACUUACGUCGUCAAUCUCUUAGUGGCCUUUGUCGGAUUAGGCCUUAUUGCUGGGACGAUCGUCAUGAUGAUUCGAAUGGAAGGUGCCAAGCUGACGAAGAUCUUGCUGGAAUCCGGCAUCACGUUGAUCAUUCAAACGCUAUCGAUUGUGGUCGGAGCAGGAGUUUGCGUAGCGAUCGCUGCAAUAGCGGAUGCGGCGAAUCGAUCUAUGUCAUGGUUUUCAACAACUUGGCUACUAUUUGGACUGUAUUUUAUACCGUUCAUAGCCUGUCUGACUUUGGGUCCGUGGCUGUAUUUGCGUUUCCGUAAACUGGAAUUCCUCCACAAUCAGGGUCGUAUUCUACUGUUCCUCCAUGCACAAUGUUUCAUCUACAUUGCUCUUUUAGUGACGCUGACCGUCGGUAGAGUUCGCUCUGCAUAUCUCCUCCUCUUUCCGGUUAUUUUCCACUCCCUGUCGACCAUCGUGAACAUGAUCAUAAAGUUCAAACUGCACAUCUGGGUCUACAUUCAACUGAUCGGACAAAUCAUCCCAGUUUUCUACUUCUGCUCGCUCACUGUGACGGUGUUUGCAGUCUUUAUUCCCAUGACCGGCCGCGGGGAUGCCUCAACUAAUCCAGACCUCAUGAUGGCUCUCUUCAGCGUUCUGAUGACCCUUCUAUUAGUUGGGUUGUCUGUUCCACUAAUGGUUCUGCUUCGCAAGGUACGCUAUUUCUACAUUCUACUCGGAGCAUUAUUUGUAGCAACAGUCAUUCUGAUGAUCACUCCGGUUGGAUUUCCAUUCCGCGACGGAACGUCACCUCAGAGAUAUUACAUCUUCCACCAACAUCGAAACUUCUACCACCAAAACGGAUCGAUUCGACGUUCGCACGACAACUACUUCCUGUACCCGCAAGAUCGCCACACCCCGCGCUAUCUAUUCAACGAAGUUUCCAUCUGGCGAGACCGAGCUCAGCCUAUCAUGGCCGAAUGUGAAGAAGAGCUGUACUGCGGUUUUCCACUCUACAUCAACCGCUACCAUCGGCAGCGCGAAAACAGCUACUGGAUGACUAGCCUUUCCCAACCAGUCUUCCCCGAUCCGGUUAACCUUAGGCUUCUGGAGAAACAAGACCUAUCCGCCAAGGUUCGUCGCUUCCGGUUCACCAUCGAAGGACCUACGCUUAUGGGAUUCUACGUAUCCCCCUUACCUGGCCAUCGCCUCAAAGCGUGGACCUUCAGCGAAGAGAUACCCCCAAGCGGCACUCCGUGGAACGGACAAUCCGUACACUACGUCAACUACGUUCAGGCCAAAUCUCGCAGUCCUCACGAGUUCUACUUCGACAUCGAAGCACCCUCCACCCUGACCGAUGAACCGGUAGUAAUGCUCUCCAUUCAUGCCAACUACAUGUACCACGAGCAGUACCGCACGGAAGAAUUCCAAAACUUACUCAAGCAAAUGCCCUCGUAUGCUCACACCGUUGCCUAUCCCAAUUAUUUGGAAAAUAGAGAAUUUUAAUACUGAAUAAAUCUUUGAUUACACA